CAACAACGAUGAGCUGCCAUCAUACUACGAAACCCUCUGAGGGAUAUCCACAGCUUAAUUACUCUGCUGGGGCUAAAUGGGUCAAGAGCCUCACACAGGGAAGGCUAGGAACUUUCCAAGGCGGCCAUUAUUCUGACAUGAACUUGUCUUCGGUGCUUUAUACUCAUCGAGUGGAUAAUGAUUCGCAUGUAAAGCUUCAAGUGUGGAGUGCUCCCGGACUCACGAAGCCUACAUUCAAAGAAGCCAUGAAGCAGGACUUCAAACCGGCUCGUAAAGGAGAUUCGUUUGGGCCCUCAUGGACCAACCACUGGUGGAAAGUUUCGCUCACUAUACCAGGAUAUUGGCAGCAAUACGAAACUGUGCAAUUUGAAUUUGAUCCCGGAUGCGAGGCCAUGGUAUACACAACAGACGGGUUGCCGCUGCAAGGCAUCACUGGGGGAUAUGGGGGAGAUCGUAGAGUUGAGCAUAUUAUUCCCCCAGACGCGCGCAAGAAGGGUAAAUAUGAGAUCGUAAUCGAGUCUACCUGCAAUGGAAUGUUUGGCGUUCCAUGGAACGGCGAUACUAUAGAACCUCCUGAUAUGAACAGGUACUUUGGUCUCGCGUCGGCAGAUCUUGUUGUUCCCAACCAUGAAGCUUGGCAUCUACUUUGGGACUUCCAGACUCUGCGUGAGAUCAUCGACAAUCUCUGGGGAAAUACGCCGUUACAAAACCAAGCUCUUGUCGCUGCCAAUGAGAUUAUAAACGUCUUCCAUAAAGAAGACGUUUCUUCCAUCGGGAAAGCUCGUAAACUUGCUGAAGAAGUUUUCGGGGUAGGGUGGCAAGCCAAAGGUGCUGGUAUCUAUGAUGAAGGCGAAAAAAAUUCAAGAGUCUGGGGUAUUGGUAUCUGUCAUAUAGAUACUGCUUGGCUCUGGCCCUAUCAUGUUACUCAACAGAAAGUUGCCCGGUCUUGGUCAACCCAAGUCGAUCUCAUGGAACGUUACCCUGAGCACCGCUUCUCCUGUUCGCAGGCGCAGCAAUUCAAAUGGCUUGAACAGUUGUACCCGCCCUUGUACGAGAAAGUCAAGGAGAAGGUUCUGGAUGGCAGGUUCCAGCCUAUCGGCGGCUCCUGGGUCGAGAAUGAUUCGAACAUGCCUUCCGGUGAAGCCUUGAUCAGACAAUUUCUUUUCGGCCAGCGUUAUUUCGAGUCAAAAUUCGGCAAACGCUGCGAUACAGCCUGGCUGCCCGAUUCCUUUGGUCUCACUGGAUCUCUUCCUCAACUCAUCCGAGGUGCUGGGAUGAAGUACUUCUUCACACAGAAGCUGAGCUGGAACAACAUCAACAACUUUCCUCACAGUACGUUUAAUUGGGUGGGAAUCGAUGGCACCCAGGUUUUGUGCCAUAUGACACCAGUUGAUACCUACACCGCGCAGGCAACUGUUGGAGAUGUCAAAAAAGGCAUUGAGAACCACAAGAAUUUGGAAUCAUCGACUGCUGCUCUUCUCGUGUUUGGAAACGGAGAUGGAGGCGGAGGUCCUUUACCGAAGAUGUUGGAAAAUCUUCGUCGCAUCCGGGCAGUUACUAACAACCACAGAGAGCUGCAAUCGGUCAGCAUGGGCCACUCUGUUGACGAGUUCUUUGACAUGCUGUUGUCAACAACGAGCCAAGGGUCCAAGUUGCCGAAUUGGCACGGUGAACUUUAUCUAGAGUUCCAUCGCGGCACAUAUACUUCACAUGGAUCAAUUAAGAAGGGAAACCGUCAUUCUGAGAUCCUCAUGCGCGACAUCGAGCAAUUGGCUACGCUGGCAUCCUUGUUCAAGUCCCCAGAUUAUAAGUAUCCCAGAACGCAAAUCAACGACAAUUGGGAGAAGGUCUUGCUCAACCAGUUCCACGAUAUUCUCCCAGGAUCCGCAAUUGGAAUGGCCUAUGACGAAGCGGAAGAAUACUACGCCGAAGUUUUCAAGAGUGGUAAGGUCUUGUUGGAAGAUGCAUUCAAAGUCCUCUUCCCUAAUUCCGUCUCGGUCACAUCUCCGGAGUUUAGCUCCAAGACUGCGAACCUUUCCAAAAUCUUCGCAGUCAACACCACGUUCUUCCCUCGACAGGAGAUCGUUAAGAUCCCGGUGUCGGGUAGCAUGAGAGAUAAGCUGGUUCAAACUUCUAAGGAUGGCAAAGAUGGGUAUGUUAUGAUGGGGUGCGGGCCUGCCUCGACUAACGUUGGACUCAUCAAUGACUUGGGUGGCCCUUCCCUGACCGAGGUGCCUCUUCCUGUGGCUGUUUAUACAAACGGAUCCGAUCACUUUGUAUUGCGCAAUGCCAGCGUACAAUUAACUAUUUCCAGUGGGAGGAUCACCAGCCUUCUCGACGUCCAGCAAGGCCGUGAGCUUCUCAUGGAAGGAACUACUGGCGGUUUGAUCAUUUUCGAGGAUCGUCCUAAUUAUUGGGAUGCUUGGGAUGUUGAAAUCCAUCACUUGGAAAUGCCGCACCCAUUGCAGUUCUCUCACAUGUCUGUGGUUGCCCAUGGUCCUCUGCGUGCGUCUGUCAGAGCAGAAUUAAAGUAUGGUCAGAGCAGAAUAUCUGUGACGAUCUCUCUUGAUGCAGUUCCUGCUACGACUAAACUCAACUCCCGCUCGAUGUUCGUCUUCGACGCCGUGGUUGACUGGCGCCAAAGACACGAGUUCUUGAAAUUCGAGCUGCCUCUCAAUCUUCACAGUGACUUCGCCACUUAUGAGAUGCAGUUCGGCCACGUACAGCGGCCCACCCACAAGAACACGACCUGGGACAUCGCCAAGUUUGAAGUAUGUGGCCACAAGUACGCUGACUUGAGUGAAUACGGAUACGGAGUUGGUAUCCUUUCUGAAUCCAAAUACGGUUUCUCUUGCUUGGGCAAUGUUCUCCGUAUUUCGCUCCUGCGCAGUGCGACGGCCCCUGAUGCAGAACAGGAUCAAGGUGAACACAAAUUCUCCUGGGCUGUCAUGCCGCACGUCGGAUCCUUCUUGGAGUCUGACGUACCCAUGGCCGCGUAUUUGUUCAAUUCACCGUUGUAUCUCCGCCAUGGCGACAUCGCGAACGAGUUGGUAUCGAGCACUCCUUUUGCCGUCCAUGAAGCACCCAAUGUGUUCCUUGAGACUGUCAAACGUGGAGAAGACAACACCAAGGACGUUACGACGGUGGUUCUACGUCUGUACGAGGCCUUUGGCGGGCAUGCCCGGGCGACGCUGCGCGUUGGUAGCGGCAUCCACGUCAAGAAAGCCCUCCUUACCAAUCUACUGGAAGAUGACUUUAACGCGAAGGAGCUCACGGUUUCGGAGACUGGCUCGAGGGGUGGAGGGUCGAUCAAGCUGGAUUUCCACAGAUUUGAGGUCAAGACAGUCAAGUUGACUAUCGGAAAGACGGGGAAGCGGGACAGUUGGGUCAAUGUAGACCGAUUCUAAACCGAUGGAAAUGAUGUUUGUACGAUCAAACACUAUAUGUCUGAGAAAAUAAAAGCGUUGGAAGAGAGGAUCUGGUUUAUGGAAUGUUGAGGUGUGUAAAUCCUGUAAAGUUUCUUAUGUACGUGUAUACAGUUCAAAUAGCAUCUUGAUGAGAGCGGUGUACCAAGAAUGUCG